CCUCCUCAGAGAGAAAGGCCUCCCUCCUCCUAGAAGUGCUGAAACUCCAACCAGAGAAGAAACCAGUAGAGCUGAAGGGCUGGUCAGAUGAAGAGAGUGAAGUGAGGAGUUUCCUUCAGUGUCUGCCCUACAUCUCACAGCUGAGUUUCCAUCCAUGGUGGUUUGAUUCCUCAAAGCAGAUCAAGUUCCUGGUGGAUCUCCUGUCUCAAGCAGCAGAGUGGGAGGAGCAGACAAGAGAGAAGACACUGAAGCUGGUAUCAUCAGUGUGGACUUACAGCACCUUUCCUUAUCGCCAUGGAGACAAUUAUAAACUGAGUGAUUUCCUGCUGGAUCUGUACUCACAUGUGAAGGACUAUGAGACUCAAACAGGCAGGAGUUUCCUUCCAGCAUUACAGCCAGUUUACCAGUCAGCUCCUGCAGUCUGGUCCAUAGACCUCUCAGAGAGAAAGGCCUCCCUCCUCCUAGAAGUGCUGAAACUCCAACCAGAGAAGAAACCAGUAGAGCUGAAGGGCUGGUCAGAUGAAGAGAGUGAAAUGAGGAGUUUCCUUCAGUGUCUGCCCUACAUCUCACAGCUGAGGUUGUGUGUUGGUUAUGGUGAAGAGAAGAAGAAGAAGGCCUGGACAGUUCUGUCUAAACUCAGUGUUGCUGCAGCUGAGUUUGAUACAGAGACAGGAGAGAAUAUCUUAAAGACAUUAUCCUCCAUGUGCAGAUACACAUAUGGUGAAGAUGAUGAUGAUGAUGGUGAUGAUGGUAAUGAUCCAUUUAGAGAGAGUGAUUUCCUGCUGGAUCUGUACUCACAUGUGAAGGACUAUGAGACUCAAACAGGCAGGAGUGUCCUUCCAGCAUUACAGCCAGUUUACCAGUCAGCUCCUGCAGUCUGGUCCAUAGACCUCUCAGAGAGAAAGGCCUCCCUCCUCCUAGAAGUGCUGAAACUCCAACCAGAGAAGAAACCAGUAGAGCUGAAGGACUGGUCAGAUGAAGAGAGUGAAGUGAGGAGUUUCCUUCAGUGUCUGCCCUACAUCUCACAGCUGAGCUGUGGUGAUGACAGGUUCUUCCAGACUGUGUGUGAAUCCAUCCCUGUGAAGUCCAGAGAGGAGGACCAGCAGUUGGCCUCUCUCCUCCAGGCCUUGGGCUCCACCCUGUCACUGGGAGGAGAGUUACCCAGGAAAACCUGCAGGUCUGUGGGGAGAGUCCUGGGUCUCUGUGCCUCAAGAGUGGACCUCACUCUCACCCCCAGCAAGAUCUCUCUCCAAGGAGCCGCACUUCUUUUGAGACAUGAGUCAAAGCUCCACAAGCUCAGGCUGAGUGUGGGUAUGGCAGUGAAACUGUCCAGAUUGGUUAGGAGGAAAGGGAGAGGUGCAACUCCACUGACUGUCCCAGAACUCUCCCUGGUCCUAAAGAGCAGCCAGCCUCUAGAGAGAGUGUUAUCCAGGGCUCUGAGUAGUGUGGCGUCCCUGCUGAGACUCUGGAGAGUUCAGUGUCUGGACCUGACUGACUUCUGCAUCCAGGGUCACUCUCUCAUUGCACUGCUGUGUCACCAGGGACCUCUCUCUCUCAGACUGAACUCAGACACUCUGCAGCAGCUGACUAUAGUUGUGUAUGAAGCUCAGGACAAGGACUUGACUCAGUGGUUCCUGGAGAAGGUUGGUGGAGACCUGACCUCCUGCAGGCUGGACUGGGAAGUGCUUCUAUCUCUGCUGCAGCAUUCAACCCACAACAUCACUGUGGACCUCAGGAAGAACCGGCUUCUAGAGAAGAACAGCUCAGAUCUUCUCCCCUUUCUGGGAAGGGUUACUCUCAAGAGGUUCAGUUCCAGCUUUGUAAAGUCCUCCAUCAGACAGAUCUAUGACAGUAGAGACAGUGCCUGUGUGUCCAGUUUGUUGAGGUCUUCAGACCAUUGGAUCAACCUGAACAGCAGAGAGCUGGACAGAGUGGACUGUACCGCUCUGUGUUUUACCCUGCAGCACAGCCACCAAGUCAAAGUCAACCUGCUGUGGACCUCCAUACCACCGGGGGAGAUAGAGAGCAUCCUGCCUCUUCUGGACAGAGUCUCCCAACUCAGUGUUGACAGGAGGUUACUGCUGAGUUUCCUACAGUGCUGUGCUGCCUCUCAGGUCCAGCAGGGGGAACCAUCAUCACCACCAACAGCAGUAUGGCUGCUCAGGUCUCUGCACUACAGACUGGACUUCUCCUGCUCCUCCUCUGUGGACCUGUCAGCUCAGGACCAGGGGGAGGCUCUGUGUCUGACUACUGACCAUUGCAGGGCCAUCAACUCUGUUCUGAAGCAGAACCAACACGGCACCCAGCUGGUUCAGAACCAGGUCCAGCUCAUCCUAAGACAAUGUGAGGUGGAGGACAGAGCACUGAGGGAGCUGCUUCCCAUCCUGAAUAUUGUCAAGCUGAGUCCCAGCAAAGCUCUGCUACUUCAGCUGCUGGACCUUGUGUGUGAGGGGAUUGAAGAGGGGCUGCUGAGUCAUGCAGAGUCCCUGUGCAGAGCCCUGGAUGGGGAGCUGGACCUCAGUGAGACCAGGCUGGACCAGAAUGCCUGUGGAUCUCUGGCCCUGGUUCUGGAACACUCAGAGGGUCUGUCAGAACUGGACCUCAGCCACUGUCAACUCACAGACCACCAGCUACAGCCCCUGAUCACACACCUGCAUAAAGUACAAGUCCUGGACCUGAGCCACAAUGACAUCACUGAUGCUCUGACUGACAGAAUACUCCAAAUGGUUUCUACCAACACUUCAAUACACACCGUACGACUCUUCAACAACAAAAUCCAGGACAGAAGACCCUUCCUGACAGACAAGAGAUUUGAGAUCUGGUGAAACAACAUCAGGUCUUAGUUCAGGAAGAGAAGGCUGAAUCCAGGACAGAAGAUCCUUCCUGACAGACAAGAGGUUUGACAUCUGGUGAAACAACAUCAGGUCUUAGUUCAGGAAGAGAAGGCUGAAUCCAGGACAGAAGAUCCUUCCUGACAGACAAGAGGUUUGACAUCUGGUGAUGAUAAUGUUCUAUAAUAACUCUUUGAUGUGGAACAUAAACUGAUGGAACAUUUUAAUACAAAAGACACACAACAAACUGGUUGUUCCAGCUGGAACAGUCCGAUCAUGUAUAAACUACAGUCAACAGACUCAUCAAAGAGAUUCUCUGCUACUUGUUGUGUACUUUUUAGCCAGUAGUGCUGAUAGUAACACUCACAAGUCAAAAGUGGUCCCUGAAAAUGUUGUACUACAUCACAUAUGUUCACCACGUCAUCUCUCUCUCUCUGCUGUGGCCCGCCCUGCAACCUCAUUGGAUAACCCUGGGCUGGCUUCUUGCUAGCUGUCACUCAAAUAUAAGUGGCUGAAGCUCAUGAGAUAGAACUCUAAUUGCCAGGGAAAUGGAGGGGAAAUGGUGCGGCACAGUUUCAACAAAUUGUCGCUUUCCAACUUGGGAUUUUUGAGGUAAGACAGUGAUUAUGCAUGAAUUACCUACAUAUUGAAACAUCCAGCCCAAAGUGUGAGGUUGAAAACCUCAAUUACAUAAUUACAUUUUUUGACCGUUUAAAUCAUUCAUGAAUACUUUAUUUUUGUAUUUUUAAUAAAUGUCCCAUGAGGCACUGUGUUUGUCACAGUGUUUUCUCUAAAGGUUCAAAUCAUUA